AUAUAUAUAUAUAUAUAUAUAUAUAUAUACGGUGCGUGCGUGCGUACUUGCCUGCGUUCCACCGCGUUCAGUGUCUCUCUCUCGGGGAUCGAAGAACUGAGAAUACUCGUGCGCGUGUAUUACUCGCGAAGGAGCUGGGAGGAGCAAGCCUGUGAGUGCGUGCGUGCGUGAGGUGUUGGUGGAUACAUACGCGGGAGGAGAGUGCGAACAAACAGGACGUAGCCGAGAACGAAGGCGAGCAAGAUGAGCAAGACGUGCGCUCGCUGCCAGAAAACGGUCUAUCCGAUCGAGGAGCUCAAGUGCCUCGAUAAGAUAUGGCACAAGCAAUGCUUCAAGUGUCAGGGCUGCGGUAUGACUCUGAACAUGCGAACGUACAAGGGUUUCAACAAACAGCCAUAUUGCGAAGCACACAUACCAAAAGCAAAAGCCACAACGAUGGCGGAGACACCGGAGCUGAAACGUAUCGCGGAGAACACGAAGAUACAGAGCAACGUGAAGUAUCACGCCGAGUUCGAGAAGGCGAAGGGAAAGUUUACGCAGGUGGCGGACGAUCCGGAAACGCUUAGAAUCAAACAGAACAGUAAGAUAAUCUCGAAUGUCGCUUAUCACGGCGAGCUCGAGAAGAAGGCGAUCAUGGAGCAAAAGAGGACGAUGACCGGUGAAAACGGCGAACAAAUAGAAUACGUAGAGUACACGGACGGUACGAUCGCUCCUGCAUCAAGUAUAAACGCCAAUCCGCCGCCCGCAAGAACGGCGAACUCGCCUGUACAGAGGACACCAGGUAGGAUCGCCGAUUACGAUCCUCUUAGCGAAGCGAGGCCGAGUCCUUAUUCCGCAAGACAAGCUGCCACAACGGUUAUCUAUACGAGCGACAAGGGACCAGUGACGAAUCCACCGACACGAAAAAUCGGCUCGGUUGCUGACAUCGAUCCGGUAAACGACUAUUACGGAUCGCUAACACCAGCCACGAACAACAAUCAUGUCUCUCAGCAUCAAUCGCAGCACCAUUCUCAGCACCAACCUCAGCAUCAACCUCAGCACCAACCUCAGCAUCAGCAGCCGCCUCCGCCUUCUAACGUUGGAAGAGUAUACAGAGCGAUGUAUGAUUACGAGGCACAGGAUCUCGACGAAGUGAGCUUCUGUGACGGUGAUCUGAUUGUCAAUUGCACAGCCGUCGACGAGGGAUGGAUGACCGGAUUGGUGCAGCGUACGGGGCGACACGGCAUGUUACCUGCUAACUAUGUCGAGCCGGCGCAGAUUUAAAUAUUCUUUUUGACACUCGCUAAUCAUUGUGUGUCGACUAAAGCACUUAAAUUCGAGUGCUUUGCUUAAGUAAAAGACGGAGUAAGAAACGCGAUAUAUCUAUAAUACUCGAGGUAGCGCUUUUGUUGCGAAGUUAUUCGUUUGCUGUUAUUCGAAAUAACAAACAAAAAAUUAGGUAUUUACUUUAAUUAGUGUGUAGCUAUUUGUAAAAGUUUUCAAAAUUCACUUGUCUUUUCCUUCGGUUUCAACAGAAUGUCACUGGCUGAUACGAUAAAUGGAAAAGCAAAAUUAUUUUGAUUAUUAAAUCGAAAAUUCCGAAACAUUAACGCAGAUAAUAGCUAUCUCGAAAUUUCGUGGACAACUUUAAUAAGAUUGAAUAGUCUAUUUUGAAGUAUAUAACCGGGGAAUGCUUGAGAAAAUGUAUAAACUUUUAAGUUUGCUUCGCAAAUGCUUGAAGAGAACGUGUUUUACGAAAGUAUCCAAAAUUCAGCGCGAACAUGGUCGCGAUCAAUUUUUUAAAUAACAAUAUAUAGUUUAACACUUAUAAUAUAUUAGAAUCAUGGGACCAAACUCUCUGCGAUAUAUAACUGCGAUAAAUUGUGCCUGCAAUAAUUAAAAUUCUGAAACUUUGUAUGUAACACAGUAACAAAAAUUCUGACGAUCAAUUAGGAAUAAUGUAAUGUUUUUUUUUAUUAUUAUUAUUAUUUAUUUUGAAUUUUCUUCUUCUCAGCCGCCACAAUAUUAUCAAAGGAAUUGCUCGAAUUAUCAUUCCGUCAUUUUAAUAUUUUGAAUUUAGAUAAAUUGGAAAUAUAUACGAUUAUAAGAUAUACUUAUUGUUAGAGAUCUCAAAAAACCUAUAUCAAUUCCGUUUAAUUGAAACAGCUUUUAUUAUUUUUUCUAUUUUUUUUUUAAUGAUGAGAAGGUUUUGUUACUUGUCAUUUGAUGGACAUUCUGAAUAACACAUCAAAUAACAUCUGAGAAAGAGAGGUAGACAGAGUUUUAUAGUUAUAUUUUUAUAACCACGCAAAUAGUACGUUCUUUCUACUUUUACAUUAUCAUUUAUAUCAAUUAUUAUACAUAUUUUUUCAAGUAUGUUCGUAUAAAAAUAUGUUUAUAUGUUAAAAGGUAACAUUAACUUUUUGGUUUGUUAAUAUAGUAAUGAAACGUAGGAACAACUCUUCUUUUGCAUUUGUCGAAAGACAACAAUGUAACGUGCCUUAUACGUAUAUUAGGCUGUUAAUUGAUAGCAAUAUAAGCUUUUUUUUUUUAAUAAGAGAGAAGAGAAUAAUAUAUUUAAAAAAAUACGAAGGACAAUCACGAAACGAAGUGUCUUAAUUAGUCCGAUUUAUAUUUUACAUUUAUUUUAACAUUGAAAACAAAAAGUUAAAAUUACGAGGAACGCAUACUAUUGUUGAUGCGAAAGAUUCUCCGAAAGUUGGCCUUUGUUUCUUGCUACGAAAUUAACACUGUUAAAGCACGAAAAAUAAUACUGUUACUGAUUUUAAGUACUGUUAACGAUUUUCAACUAAUUAAAGACAAUUAACCAAUAUUUACUGUGUAGUUCUUAAGUUUUAUCUCGUAUGAUCCAUUUGUAUGCUUCGUUCCAAAAUCGCAUUUACAUGUAUUUGUUAAGUUAUUGUGUAUCGAAUUUACCGAAUCUGAGGAGGUUACCAGUUAAUUCGUAACGGAAGAUUAAUACUGAAUUGGUUGUUGAUAGUGUGUCGUGUUGCCAUCAACGGGUGCUUUUUAUGACACUUUUUUUGUUAGCGCAUUUCCAAAUUACCAGCGUAAAGUGGUUCCUCAGAAACGUAUCUACAUUUACCUGAAUAGGUGUAUUAUACUGUGGAACGACGUCCGGUGGAAAUGGGCAAAUUAACAAAAUGUAUAAAAAAAAAAUUAUAAGUAACUUGUUGUUUUGCGAACCACACAUGACGUCGUCCCAUCUAUUAUAAGCAAGAGAAACGAUAUUUUUGGAAACGUGUUACUCAGCACUUUUGUAAUUAUAUUAGAUUGCUGAAAAGAGAGAUGAAGAUUUUAAAUUUUAACUACAACAUACAGAAGUAUAUGUUAGCGUUGUGUGUUUAGAAACAGAUAAUAUUAUAUUAUCGUAUUGAAUCAUAUAAAAAAAUAAUGAAUAUAUAUGUUAUGUAAACCUGCA